AUGAAUUCUAACGGAAAAUAUGUGCUCAUCGACGUUGAGCCUGGAGAUGAAAUCGUAAUUUCCGGAAUUGCCGGUAGAUUUCCUGAUACUGAUAACAUGAAGCAGCUCCAAGAGAAUUUAUUUAAUAAAGUAGAUCUUGGUUCGGAUGACUGUCGACGCUGGCAACAUGAACAUCCCGACAUACCAAAACGCUCAGGAAAGGUCAAUAACAUCGAGAAAUUUGAUGCGGAAUAUUUUGAUGUACCUUUCAACCAA